AUGACAACAAUGAACGGCCAUGAUGAAUCAAAGACAAAAGUCUUGUUGUUCCCAUGGUUAGGCCAUGGUCACCUUUCUCCAUUCCUAGAACUAGCCAAAAAACUAAGCAACACAAACCUUUUAGAUGUCUACCUUUGUUCCACUCGUGCUAACCUUGAUUCGGUUAUCAAGUGUCGGCCCCCCUCGGUUCGACUCAUUGAACUUAACCUUCCUGCAUUACCUGAGCUUCCAUCACACCUUCACACCACUAAUGGUCUCCCUGUCCAUCUUAUGCCCUCUCUCAAACAAGCUUUUGAUAUGUCAAUCCCUUUGUUUUCGGAAAUCUUGGUUAACCUUAAGCCGGAUUUGCUUAUUUAUGAUAUUAUUCAACCGUGGGCUCCUGUUGCGGCUGGAAACCUUGGAAUUCCUUCAAUUGUGUUUAUCACAACGAGUGUUGCCGCCUCUGUGUUUGAUCUUCACUUGAAGUACAACAAAGGGGUUGCGUUUCCAUACUCGGCACUUUACUAUCGUGCUGGUGAGUAUGUUGAACCGGCAAAAGAUUGCAAAGAUGCAAAGCGUGUCACUGAUUGUCUUGAACUUUCGUCAAGUCUUAUGCUUGUUAAGUCUUUCAAGGAGAUUGAAGGUAAGUACUCUGAUUACCUUUCUGUUGUGACAAGUAAAAAGAUUGUACCUGUGGGUCCACUUGUUGCGGACCCAUGUCCAUUGGACACGAAACAAAACAGUGUGAUCCAAUGGCUUGAUGAAAAAGCUGUUGGAUCGACUGUUUUUGUUUCUUUUGGGAGUGAGUAUUUUCUUUCUAGUCUUGAUUUGGAAGAAAUAGCAUAUGGGUUGGAACUGAGCAAUGUGAAUUUUAUUUGGGUUUUAAGGUUUCCAAAAGGUGAAACAAAUAUUAAGAUUUCUAAAGUUUUGCCAUUAGGAUAUCUUGAAAGGGUGAAAGAAAGGGGUUUGAUAGUUGAAGGUUGGGCUCCACAAGCACACAUUCUAAAACACAAAAACAUUGGUGGCUUUGUGAGUCAUUGUGGUUGGAAUUCGGUAUUAGAAGCUAUGAAAUUCGGUGUUCCAAUAAUAGCAAUGCCCAUGCAUCUUGACCAGCCUAUCAACACUAGGUUAGUGGCCGAGGUUGGGGUUGGGGUUGAGGUGGUUAGGGAUGAAAAUCGGCGGCUCAAUCGAGAGAAGGUGGCGGAUGUUGUGCAGCAUGUGGUGAUGAGUAAGUCAGGAGGACCAGUGAGGGAAAAAGCCAAGCAAAUGAGCGUUGAUUUAAGUCUGAAAGGGAACGAGGAGAUUGAUGUGGUGGUGGAAGAGCUACUCCAACUUUGCAAGAGUGGUGGAAGUCGUGAUGGUCGUGGUAACAGAAAGGAACUCCAAAGUAAUGGAUUCGCGAAUGGCAAGCAUUACGCGAGUAAAGAUUGA